ACCUCUACCUUAGCAUAUAGACUUCUUUCUUACUUUUUUUCUUCAAUUUUUUUGUUUAAUUUGCUGUAUGCGUGCGUGCCCCCCAAAGACGAACGUCGGCCAUUGACUGGUGACUGUCUGUCGUAAUUAAUGUGUGUAUGCGUGUGUGUGUGUGUUUUGUCUGCAAGUUGAUUUUUUCUGUGUGUGUGUACGAUUUGAACCUCUGCUCGUGCGUGUGCGUUAAUCGUACUUAUAGAACCGAAUGCGUUUCAGCGCAUACCUGUAUUUGUGUGUAGCUAGAAACUAGUCUCGCUUGAUCUAUGAUUUUUGUAUGUAUUGCAUACUGUCUGUUCUGUUUUGUGUUAGUGCGUCUGGUUUACGCAUUUGUCUGUGCGUCUCGUUUGUUUAAUCGUAUGCAAAUGUAGUGCUAGAAUCGCAAGUAUUCGCUGCGUUUUGCUGAACUAAUAACAGAACUUUUUGCUGUGAUUUAGCUUGGAAAUUAGCGGCUGCUUAUAGGGAAAAUAUAAGAAAAGCCUAAUCUAAAUUCGAAAAUAUUCGGCUGUAUUCGUCAAUAUAUGUAUAUAUGUAACUGUCGCCAUAUCAUCAUGAUAUUUUUUCGGAAGUAGGUACCCCUUACAACAACAACAUAAUUUCUGCCGAACACAUUAAUUACUUUUUAACUCUUGGACAGGGUCGAUUUGGUCAAGGUCGAUUUUGGACAGUCAGUAGUAUGCGAUACUAGUCUCUAUAUACGCGAACGAGCUCCUCAGUUUAUGAGAUAAGUAUCGAUCUGAAAUUUUACACAUCCGUUUCCCUCCAAGCAGCUGAUCAUUUGUCUUAACUGCCGCAGUCGGACCAAUAUACAUACAUAUGUAGCUUAGAAAGAUCAAAGUCAAGUACUCCGUUCUCACGGCAGUCGGGUCUACGUAACCGGAGCGGACCUCGAUUUUUAUCCGGGCCAGGACUGUCAAGAAAUUCUGCCGUUACAACAACAUCAAAGCCAAGUGCUUGUAUGGAAAAGUUUUUUAUUUUAAACUAUUUUUUCGCGCAAUUUGGUAUGGUUUAUUGUAUUAGGCAACUAAACAAGCUCCGUACAAAUUGUUCAGAUCGGACCACUAUAGCAUAUAACUGCCAUAUAAACUAAACGAUUAAGUUUUUAAAUGAAAAUAUUUUAUUUGAAGAUUAGAUUCGGUGCAGCCGAUUUCCACAUUUUGACUUGUUUUUGUUUACUUUGUGUUGUAGAUACUCAUUGGCUUUGCGCGACAUUUCUGAAAGUUCAAACGAGUUUUUGCGAAUUUUUUAAAUUCAAGGCCUCAUUAAUAGAAUCUAAUAAACCGAGCAUUGCACUUUGAAGCACACAAAAACAAAUGUUCGAACUUCCUGUCUGCGUGAUUCAUAUUGCGUUAUCAAAUAUUUUUAAUCUGUUUUCGAACGCAAAAUUUGUAUUUACUUCGCAGUUGACGAACAUAAAUGCAGAUUUGCGAAACAUUAAAUCGGAUUCGCUAUAAGAACUGUACUCGAAAAUUAAUCUACACAUUUUAUACAUCCUCGAUCCAUAUAAAAAUUGCAUUUUCCAGUAACCCACGCUUUUAUGUGCCCAUAAACAAGCACUUGCGUUCCGAAAAGGCAGCGUUCAUGCAGCGUGUUCGAAAACAAGAAUUAAGCGCGUAGGCGCAGUGCAGCGCUUACAACGGAAACAACAAAUUUCAUAUUCGGUUUACAGUUGUUAUUCACAUUUUCGUGCAAGUUUUUUGGUUCAUUUGGCAGACACUAACCACCACACACACACAACUUGGUCGUUUUGUCUAUGCACUUAACAGUUUAGAAUGCGCUGCUUUCGCCUUCGUCUUCGCCUCAUUGGUUGCGUUGCGGUGCGGUGAGGUGAGACGUGGCGAACGUUGUUAUGGGGAUUUAUUUUUGGUUGUUCCCCACUUCCGUUCUCCGCUUUUAUGCACUCGCAACAACAACGAGCACAUAGCCGAGGUAUUUUCAAUGCGUCGCGUCACCAUUUACCCUGGCCCUGUCCUAUUCCAAUCGUUUCGUCUCAUUGAAUCUUGUUGUUACUGCUCUUCUGUACGUCGUACAACGAGCGGAGCGACUGAGCGCUGCUCCCCAUGCAAGCUCUGACCGGUUGUUGUGCUACUAUUACUCUGCGCUUUGUUGGUAUUGGCUGUGUGUUGGCGAUGAUGCGACUACGGGUGUGGUGGCGGGUGCAGAUACUCAUUCAUGUGUACGCUGUUGUGGCCGUCGUCGCCACCGUCGUCGUCGUCACUACUCAUUCAUUCAUUCAUUAAUCCGUAACUUGUCAUAGCGUACACAUCGUAUUGUCGCGUGGCGCGCUUGAAUAGUGGGACGUUGUAUGGCGCGCAUGGUGGUGUGGUGCACCAUUGGGGCCGCAAAACAAACGAUCAGCGCUCAAUUCGUGUUGUUGCAUAUAAAUACAUACAUAUAUAUUCGGUGCAAACAAGCCGCACCUUUUAGCGCUUUGCCGCUCGCUGUGGUGUUCGUUCGUCGUGUUUGUAUGGCGCGUUCGUCGCAUUGUUGUAGCAGCAAGUAUACCACAAAACAACAAGGACUAACUGAUUUUUUAACACUUUUCAACAUCGAAUUUUGCCUGUUUUUACAAUAUUUAUUAAAUAUAUUUAAUAUAAGUAUAAAGUGUUCUGUAAACACAACUGUGUGUGUAGUUAAGUCCGAUUAUUUGUAUCGAAAGUGUGUGAAAAUACCGUUAUAACGUUAUAUGUUCGUACAUGUCCGACAAUUGUGAUAGCAAGUUAGUAGUUUAGCAACUUGAUUUAACUGUUUAUUAAAGUCAUACGUUCUAGUUACACUACUCACAUCAUAAAGUGUAGAAUAUUAAACCAAAUAUAAUUGUAACAGAAGUGAAAAAGCUGUGAAAGUCUCUAACAAGAAUUUUGUAUUAUUUGUGGGCAUGUAAAUUUCUGUAAUAACUGUAAUAAUAACCUCGAAAAAGUAACUGAAAUCAAAGAUCUUGAAUUUUAAGUAAACGAAACAUAAAAUCAUAAGAAAGUUAUCGAAACUUAUUUAAGUUUUCACGUCCAUUUUUUUAAGUAAUUAAAAGCAUAACAUCAACUGAAUUCCACUUUGAAUAAUUUCCAUUCCAAUAAACAGUAUUUUGUGAACCGAAAACCAAAACUGAUACAAGUUUUCAACUCACACAUCUUACACUGAUUCACUCACUCACUCAAGUAUUGAACACAUUCUCUUAAUUAAGUAACUUUAUUUCUAUAAGCAAACUAAACGCUAAUUCUGUAUAUCAUGUCUUUGCUCAAGCGCAAAUGCACGCUACUCUUUAGCGUCUGCUCGUUGACUCUAGUGCUCGCUUGCCUUUUGAAGCAGCCGACUACGGCUAAUGCAUGCUCUAGUCGUUCCAUACCCAAGCCACGCACGCUCUCCUCGGCCGCCUCAUCGCUUUCGCCACAACAGUCGACAACAUCCGCUACGACAACUACUACCACCACCACCACCACGGAGCCGACUACCACUACCACAACGACACCCAGACCCAACAUCACCUUCCCAACCUACAAAUGUCCGGUGAACUACGAUGCUUGGUAUUGCUUGAAUGAUGCAACCUGCUUCUCGGUUAAGCUAGGCGACUCGGUUAUGUAUAAUUGCGAGUGCGCAAAUGGCUUUAUGGGGCCGCGCUGCGAGUACAAGGAGUACGAUGCAUCCUUCUUGCCGAAACGACCACGUCCAAUGCUGGAAGAGGCGAGUAUUGCAAGCGGCGCCAUUUGUGCCCUACUCUUUGUGCUCUUCAUCUGCUUGACCUUAUACCUACGUUAUGAGCAGCGCGCUAAGGUUUUUGCUGAGGAUUAUGAGAUCACCGACGCUAUGGAAGAGGAGGAUGACGAGUGUGAAAACAGCUAUUUUUCAACGAAGACAUGUCGCUAUUGCAAUGAGCCGCAAUGUUGCGGUGCAAAGGCUGGGGUUGUUGGUGAUGUUGGCGAUAGCGGCAUGCGUGGUCGUGUCUACGGCGCGGCCGAGGGCGGCGUUGGUGCACCAUCGCUGCGUCGUUACAUUGAAGCGAUUUCCAUGUCAUUUGCUAUCAGACGCACCACCAAAAUGUAAAAUGAGAUUUGAGAGCAUAUGAAAUAUAGUUUAUAUGAAAAAGCAUAAAUAGUAUGGUUGUUGUGUUGUAUUUGCGAGAUUUUAUUUAAUAAAUCGUACGAAAUAUAUCCGCGCGCAAUUCUGCGCUCUUUUUUAAACAAAAUUUGUUCUAUAUCUACAUUACCGUUAAUAUUCCACCAUUUUAGUUCAUUCAAAAUAAAGUAAUGAAUUUAUUGUAUAUUCACAAUUACUUAAUUUUUAAUUGUUCAUUCACAAUUAACUAAGCCUAAAAAUAAUUUGAUCUUUAAAGUACUUAAUUUUUAAUAUUGUCCAUUGCAAUUAACUUAUCUGUACUUAACAUCCUACAAUUAUGAGAAAUAAUAAUAAUUUUUUGCCAAAUACAACACUAUAACCAGCUUUAAAAAAAUUUAAAAAAUAUAUAUUAAAUAAGCUUUGUUAGACAUUAAGCUGAGCUAGCAAGCCAAUUGAUUUUUAACUGUACCGUUCUUUGAAACACAUCAGUUUUAGACUAGUGAUGACUAAAUGCCUUCGAGUGCUUUAUAUACAACACUUAUAUUAUAUACUCCUGAAAUGACUUAAUAUUUCAACUAAAAAUGAAGUCCAUUUUCACAAAUCCAUGACAUCACAGCACAUUUACAUAUAUACAACACAAACAAACAUGCAUUAAUUUCAUUUAAAGUAUAAUAUUUAUCAAAUUUCACCACUUAAGUCCGAAAUCAACUGAAUUUACGAAAUUUUUUUACAAACUUUAUUUAAUACAUUCGUGAUAUUUAUUUAUUUAUAUUGCAGCGUAUUUGAUGAGAAUUCAUAUUAAUUUAUCUUGCGGCAUGCAAAAAGUAUUAUUCGUGACAACUAUUGUACACACCUUCUUUUAAUAAAUAAUAUGCAAAUUAAAUAAAACUGCACAAAGCUAUAUGCAAAAUAAAAAAUAAA